AUGAAAUAUAUAAAUGUAAAUUAUAGAAAUUUGUAAUAAAGGUUUUAUGAAUCUUAUUAAUUACAAUGUAUUUAUUUUCAUCGUAUUAGUGAAAUAUAAUUGCAUUAUUGA